UUCUCAAUUGUUAUAUGUCCAAUUGUUAUAUAAAGGUGAAAUGGACAUGGUUCUUUAGAAGUCUAAGCCUUAGCUCAUACAACAACGUUGUCUCUCAAAAGAAGAUGGCUUCGUUUAUGUGCUUCAUCGUUUGUACAAUAAUAUCUUUAGCCACGGCGGCCGGCACGGUAGGAUCGUCGAAAGGCGCUGCUCAAGAACGUGCGGACGAUGCCGCCACCACGAUUUUUCCGGCUAUAUUCACGUUUGGCGACUCCGCCUUGGACGUCGGAAACAACAACAAUCGUAUGACCUUGUUCAAGGCAAACUACCUUCCUUAUGGUCGAGAUUUCAUCAACCACAAACCUACAGGCAGAUUCUGUAAUGGAAAACUUGUCUCUGAUAUAACUGCCGAAAGCCUUGGUUUCCAGAGGUACCCACUGGCGUAUCUGAGCCCAGAGGCCUCCGGGGGGAAUCUUCUAAUCGGAGCCGGCUUUGCCUCCGCCGCCGCCGGUUACGAUGAGCAAGCUUCCAUUGCAAACCGUGCGAUUACUUUGGCUCAGCAACUGGCUAAUUACAAAGAGUAUCAAAGCAAAGUGGCUAUGGUGGCCGGCCGUGAGGAAGCGGCCGCCAUUGUAGCCGAUGGAUUGCAUAUACUCAGCUGCGGCACCGGCGACUAUCUUCAGAAUUAUUACAUAAAUCCGGCGGUUCGUAGACGGUUCACACCGGAUCACUACUCCUCUUUCCUUGUUGCUUCCUUCUCCAAAUUCAUUAAGGAUUUACAUGGGCUAGGAGCAAGGAAAAUUGGGGUCACUUCCCUACCUCCAUUAGGCUGUUUUCCUGCUGCACUCGCUCAGUUUGGCUACCAACAAAAAAAGGGUUGUGUUAGAACAAUCAACAACGAUGUCCUAGUCUUCAACAGGAAGCUCAACUCUACUGCUGCAACUCUUCAAAAGCAGCUAUCCGGUCUCAAGCUCGUCGUGUUCGACAUUUUCAAACCUUUAUAUGACGCUAUUAUGUCUCCAUCGGAUUACGGAUUUGAUGAAGUGAGAAGAGGGUGUUGUGGCACUGGAGCAGGGGAGAUAGCAUCAGUUUUGUGCAAUCGAAAGUCUCAUGAAACAUGUUUUAAUGCGACCAAAUAUAUGUUCUGGGACAGUGUUCAUCCAUCAGAGGCUGCCAAUCACAUACUUGCUGAUGCCAUGAUUGUCCAGGGCUAUGCUCUCAUUUGAUCAUAUGACCUUAAUUUCACUAUUUUUUCCAAAUAUUUCUUGAUUCUCCAGCAAAUUCUUUUACUACUUAUAUUAUGUAGAAAUCUGUAAGACUACCGAUUACUCGUAUGUACGUAAGGAGGGGAUAAAAAAGGGCACCGGUUCUCUCGAAUAACCGGGUUAUCUUUUCAUUGUAUUAGAGGAUAUUGUACUGUUUGGACUCUGUUAUGGAACUUGAUACUGCAAUAGAACAGUGUUUCUUGGAGUUUCUCUUCAAA